UUGAAAAUUGAAAAUUUUCUUUUAGAUGAAAAUAACAAUAUCAAGAUUGUUGACUUUGGCUUGAGCAACAUUAUGAAGCUGGAGGGUCUUUCUCAGGAGCUGUUAAACACUCAGUGUGGAAGCCCAGCCUAUGCUGCCCCGGAACUGCUGGCUCAUAAGAAAUAUGGUCCAAAGGUGGAUGUCUGGUCCAUAGGGGUUAGUAUGUUUGCUAUGCUCACGGGCACACUGCCAUUCACUGUGGAACCAUUCAAUAUCAAGCAGCUUCAUCAGAAGAUGGUGAAUGGGGAAAUCAGCUCUGUUCCAGAUAACAUCUCUUCUGGAGCUGUGCAUUUCAUGCAUUCCUUACUGGAGCCUGACCCAGCCAAGAGGCCUGCCAUUAAAGAAGCAAUGAAAGACAAAUGGCUGAAUGAAGGAUGGAACAGGAAACCACUAAGUUCUAUUACAUAUAAGAACAGGCUCCAUCCCGAGGACCUUAACUCCACGGUUCUGAACUACAUGGCCAGCACCAUGGAACCUGGUCUUUCAGAAAUUAUCAGUGUGCUGAUAAACAACAAGCCAUCUUCAAUCAUGGCUUCCUACAGCUUGCUGCUGAAGAAAUUAAUAAAGUCUCAAAAGGAACAUAAAGGCUUGAAGAAAAACCACAUGCUCUCAAAACAUGAUGAAAAAAUUCCCCAAACCAUGAAUCCACAUCCAGAAGGAGGAAAUUGGGUUGUGCAAGGGACCAAAGCAGCACCUCCUGGAGCCUUCAAGAAAGGUGAUGACAAAACUUUUCUCUCCUCACAUCACCCAGCUGUGCUAGACAUCAUUCAGGAAGAUGAAAUUGAUAUAACUUUGGAAAACCAAGAAAAUGUGCUGGCAGUUUCCACUUUUUCAGAGAGAGACCUGAAUGAUCUUGACUCCCCUACAUCUGCAAAUAGAAAGGGUUCAGAUGAGCCAAGAAAUCAGCUGUAUUUGCAUCUUCCCCUAAAAACAGAUGGUCCCAGGGGCUCCUCUAAAGCCAGGAUACCUUAUCUCCUUGAAGUGCCAUCUCUGGGGUUGGAGACUCACUCCAUAAAACUACCAAACCAACAGUCUCAUUUAUCAGAAGCAUCCUGUAUAAACAAAGGGGCUAUGUGGAGCCCCAUACUCUCCCAAGAUAUGAGAAUUAAAGACCUCCUGAGAUCCAGUGAUGAAAAUAUUCCAAACCCAAUAUGGCAGCCCCAAGAAAAUUGGAGUGCUACCAUGUCAAUGAAUGAAUCCCCACAGUUGUCCCCCUUGCCGAUACUUAAACACAUGGCCUUGAAAAAGAGUCUUUCAAAGACUUUUUGGAUGAAAACAGCUCAGCAAGUGUCAAGUGCAUCUCCUCUACUUUUGGUCAAUAGUUCCAGACCACCUGUGAUUCCCAUGUCUCAGCAGCAGAUGUUCCCGAGAAGAAGUUUAAGGCAAUAUAAGGAGAAGCCAAGAAUCCUUUUUAACCACAAGAAGAAUAGAAACCUAUCAGAGCACAAGACUGCUCAAAAAAUGACAGAUCUGAAUCUCCCAGUGUUAUCACUCCCCUCUCAGACUUGGUCAGAUAAAAGGGCUGAGGUCUUAAAAUUAGAUUUUGCACAAAAUAAAUGAUUAUAUUUGUGCAGUCAAGAAAGAAGCAGAAUAGAAUUAACUGCAACUUUUUUAUACCCGUACUGUACAAACAAGGGAUCACCUGGGGUCAGGAGCCUAAACUACACAAAAUAAAAGCUAUGACUGUGACCUAAGAAAAAACAGAUUUGAGUUCUAUGCUGGUGAUCUAAUUUGCCUUAACCCUUUUUUUCUAUGUAACUUUGAAAGUGGUGGUCCAGAACUAGAAAUACAAGUUUGGAAAUGAGCCUAGUUCUAAUGAUUAUUUCUAGAAUUAAUUGUAAUAUAGGGAGCACAGUGGAUAGAGAGUCAGGUCUAGAGUUGGGAGAACCUGGGUUCAAAUCUGAACUCAGACACUUCCUAGCUCUGUGACCAGGGGCAAGUCCCUUAACUCCAAUUGCCUAAUCCUUGCUAUUCUUCUGCCUUAGGGACAAUGCUUAGUAUCAAUUCAAAGAUAGAAGGUAAGGUUUUCUUAAUUGUAGUAUAUCUAACAUAGUUGUAUAUUUACUUUAAAAGUAAUGCCUAAUUAUUAGAAAUAAGCCAUCCCAUAGGGACUUCUAAAAGACAUUUUAAUGUAUGUCUCAUAAUUUCACUAGUGAAAUCUUUCUUUGGUUAAAGGACUCAGUGUUUUGUUUUAAUGUCUACUUUAUUCAUAGCAUAUGCUAGGCAUAGUGUCCCGGUAUUGUGAGUACCCAUAAAAAAGGCAUGGUUUAAACUGCUUGAUCACGUGUGUCAAUGGGGAUAUGAAUGGGUAUGUAGACUUUAAAUGAUCACCCUAAUGCAAAUAUGUGAGUCUUGAAAUUUCUCAGACUUGUGAAUGUUAAAAAAAUUUCCCAUUGGGGAAUUCUCCAUUGGAACAAUUCCCUACUGAGACCUUUCCCCAUUUGGAAAGUGAGAACUCUACUUGGAUCAGAAAUGGGAGGACCUCUACUCCACCACUUAGGACUGCUUUAGGGGAGAAAACUCCUUACUGAACAAUGAGAAAUGCUUACACCCAUACUUAAGCCAUGCCUAUUUUUAGAAUUAAUACAAUAGGGUGCUAAGUACCUAUAAAGGUCAGGCAACUUGUGAAUUUACAAGGAGCAAAGAGGUGAAAACUUAUUCAGAAGUUUUUUCUGGUUCAAACUUACUAAACGGAUUAGUCUACUCAGCUGUGAAUUCAGAAUGGGCUGUCCUUUGGAAAAUGUCUCCUGUGAUUGGUAGAUGGAAGAACUUAGGGGAGGUGACAUAGGAGAAAAUCCCCUAUGUAAGAAAAAGGAAUCUCUUGAGAAGGGGAUCACUUGAGAAGGUCUUGAGAGACAGGCUCUAAGGAGGAUCUCUUGAGAAGUCCCUUAGGAUUGACUCUGGCUGGAACUCCCUCUGGGGAGACUCUGUCCCCCAGAAUCCUCGCUUGAACAAAUCUUAUGGUGAGUGAUAACUGACUGACUGAUCUUUUCUUUUAGGACUUAGGCCUGGGUUGGCCAGUGCUGCCCUGGACCGGUCUAUCCUUUUCUCAUUAUUCCUUUUUUCCUCUCUUUCUCUCUUUCUUAAAUUCCUCAUUGUAUUAUUAAUUAAAAUUCUCUAUAAAACCCAGUUGACUUGUGUGUAUUCAUAAUUGGGAAUAUUUCCCUGGCGACCACCUUAUAUUUGAUUUAAAAACAAAACACUGUAGUGAAACAUAUUUCCAGUGGUCACAAUUUACUCACCCACUCUUAUAUCUACUACAAUUUAUACCUUCCACUAUUUUACUCACUACAGUUUAUGAACCUCAACCAUUUUAACUAUUAUAGUUUAUGGCAUCCACUCUUUUAAAUGCCACAAAUAUCAAUAAUAUGUAAAUAGGUCUUGAUCCAAUGAUACAUGUAAAACCCAGUAGAAUUGCUCAUUGGCUAUGGGAGGAGGAGGAAGGAGGGGAGGGAAAGAACGUGAAUCAUAUAACCAUGGGAAAAUAUUCUAAAUUAAUUAAGUAAAUACAUUUUUUCAAUUUAAAAAAAGUCAUGGUUUAGUCUUUUUUCAUCAAGGUAAAGAGCAUAGAUUCUCCAAAUACUAUCCUCACCAGGCUCCUGCUCACCAUUUCAGUCUUUGCCUAGACAGUUCAACCAUUCAUUAUCUCACCAAUCUGGGCCUCAUGUUUGGUUGUUGGUGAUCCAUUCUGCUAUAUGAGCUGCCCCAAUUUUAAUAGACAUCUCAUUGAUUGCCAUUGCAUAGAUGAAGCUAAAAAUAGUCUGGUCUACUUUAUAACAGACUUUAAACAUACAAUAAAAAUAACAUUCAUAGCUAUGUAUUAGUUGAUAAAAAAAUUUAGAAUUUCCCAUUUAGAAUUUAUUAAAAUAAGCAUAAAAAUAGUCUAAGUGAGCUUUUUUAAUGCAGAGUUUUUUUUUUAAAACAUGGUAGCAUUGAAGAUAUUGAUAAUCAUAACUUUUGAUCACUAAGCAAUACCAGUAUUUUGUCUUUAUUAUAGCUAUAGCACGAAAAAA